AAGAUAACUCGACCUGGUGUGUGUAGAGUACGUCUUUGUUCCGUCUUAAUUGUUUUAAUUUUUAUUUAAAAAAGAAGUAAAUUCAAAGGACUUGUACGUUCAUUUCACUGUGUAAUACGUAUAAUCUCUUCUGGGUGUUCAGCAUGAUGCCACCGACGUUUGUGAUGUUAGUCCUGUUGUUGUCUGGUUCGUUCAUAGUGCGAUGUUACGGGAUAAGUUUAAUUGCAUGCAAUGAAACGACACCCUGUAUAGCUAAUACAAUGAUUUGUGAUGGUGGAUCCUGCCACAUACAGCCUGGUCAAAUUUGCACGAUACCACCAACAAUAACUACAACAUCUGUAUCAUCAACAACCCCAAUAACUGUAUCAUCAACAACCCCAACUGUAACAACAAGUAAAUCAACAACUGUGACCAAGCCAUCCAAUACAACGACUACAAAUGCGACGAGUAAUGCACGAAGCACAGACCAACAAGUGUGUGUUUCAAAUGCAAGUUGUGAGCUGAACAAACAAGAUACACCGAUGUGCAUAUGUAAAACGGGCUUUUCCGAGGUUAAAGGAUUCUGCAUUGUUCCAGGUAAUAGCGCGGACACUUUGAAAGGGGCGUUACUUUCCGUUACCACGGUGACAUCCUUGAUGCUGUUUCUCAUCUAGCAAACAUCUUCUAGUUCUUCAGCGGUCGAUUCUCUUGUUGACACCAACGCGUGACAUUUGCAAAACUCUAGCCACAUCUCCAGACGUGUCCAUAAAUACAAGUCACAACUUAUUUAUGUUUUUAGAAAUAAUUUGUAAUGACAAACAUGAAAAUAAAGUACCAUUUUAAAGGCAAAAGAAAAAUAGAAGUAAAUUUCCGCCAACUAAUAUGCUAAACAAUGAUUUCUAAAACAGACAUCAGAGAAUUCGAGCCUUGGGAUGUGCAUAACAUUAAAGCUUGAUCUGGCUUUGAAAGUGCGUUCGCCCUGUGUUUACAGAAUAUGUAAUCGAGAGUGUAUAUGUGAGGGAGUUCCGGUGGUCUGCGCAUGCCUGAUGAAGCCACAGUGUCGAUCAACUGGCACUGCCUGGUCAACCGGAACUGCGUGGUUUCUUGUAGGCACUUGUGCGCCAUUUUUUGCAAGAUUCUAUAUUUAGCGAAUAAAAAAGAAAUACAUUUUAAACAAAAA